AUGGCAUCCAUGCAACCUAGCAAGCGCCAGAAGCGCAGGGAGUACCGCGAAACUCAAGAACAACAGAUUCGGAUCGGCGAGGUCCAGCUCCCUAAGAAAAGACUAUACCGGCAGCGGGCUCAUGCGAACCCGUUUUCAGAUCAUCGAUUGUCAUACCCAAUCAGCCCAGCUCAUAUGGAUUGGUCAACGCAUUACCCUGCGUUUGUAGUCCCAAAUCCGGAUAAUGUGAACUUGAGCGGUACACGGCGCCUAAUAAAAGAUGUGGAAAUAGCGGAUAUUGGAUGCGGGUUUGGAGGGCUGCUAGUCGCCCUGGCGCCUUUAAUGCCUGAUACAUUGAUGGUUGGUAUGGAGCUCCGCGCUCAAGUCCUCGAGUACGUGACGGACCGCAUUCGCGCGCUCCGCGCACAACGUCCCGCUCCUCCCUUGCCCACCGAGCACACACCACCAACGCCCCCAGCACAACUACCCUCAAAUUCCCCACCAACAGCAGCUGUUCCUGCGGCUUCGCCGCCGCAAUCCCAAUCACAGUCACCCUCUCCGGACCCGCCCUCGUUGUCGCCGUCGUCACAGGCGAGCUACCAAAAUAUCUCCGCGAUACGCACAAACACCAUGAAAUUCCUGCCGAAUUUCUUCACCCGCCACCAACUAUCUGCUAUAUUCAUUUGCUUCCCAGAUCCGCAUUUUAAAACCCGCAAGCACAAGGCGCGGAUUGUGUCGUCAUCGCUAAACGCGGAGUACGCAUAUGUUCUCAGGCCGGGUGGGAAGCUGUAUACAAUCACCGAUGUGGAGGAGUUGCAUAGGUGGAUGGUCAGCCAUUUUGAUGUUGGGUAUGGGGACGAAGAGGGGGCGGGGGAGGAGGGACAGAUAAAUACUGUGAAAGAGCUAUUUGAGAGAGUUGGCGAUGAAGAGUUAGAGCAAGAUCCGUGCGUUAGGAUUAUGAUGGAGGAGACGGAGGAAGGGAAGAAAGUCACAAGAAAUAACGGCAAGAAAUAUGUCGCAGUAUGGAGGAGAAUGGAGGAUCCGCAAUGGCCAUGA